AUGAGGGAACAAACAAACCUAUAUGCUAGGCAGAAGCUGGCCACACUGAGAGCACAAAACAAAUUAGGGCCCAAUUCUAGAUUCAAGCAGUGGAGGACGCUAACAAUUGCUGAAACAAAGACGUUUCUGGCUAUUAUUCUCCACAAGUCAAUCAUUGAGAGGCCAAGUAUGGCCAGUCACUGGUGUAGUGAUCCAGUGGUUAGCUGCAAUUUUUGCCCCAAUGUUAUGCCAAGGGACAGAUUUCUGAAUAUUUUCUCUAUGUUCCACAUAAAUGACAAUUCAAAGCAAAAAAAGAAAGGUGAAAUUGACUUUGAUGCCCUUCAUAAAGUCAGGCCUCUUCUGGAUGAUUUGGUAAGGAAUUUCAAAGAUAGUUAUCAACCAGGUGAAGCGCUAACCAUUGAUGAAGGUAUGUGUCCUUUCAGAGGGCGUGUAGGUUUCAAAGUUUAUAUGGUUAAUAAGACAAACAAAUAUGGCAUUAAGCUGUACAUUGUUGCAGAAUCCAAAACUGGGUACAUAUACAACUUUGAAGUUUACCACGGAAGGGACGAUAAACUGGACAACAGUGCUUCUGCAGUGGUAAAGCGAUUGCUCGGCUCACUCCAAGGUAAGAGCCACACUGUAUAUGGUGACAGAUUUUACACCAGUGUUCAGCUAGCCGAAGAACUGGCUAGAGCCAACACUGGUCUUGUAGGGACUGUAAUGCCAAACAGAAAAGGAUUGCCCAAGGCUCUCAAAGAGGGUAAACUCAAAAAGGGUGGACAAAUAUUUCGCCGCAAGAACGAUGUGCUAGCAUUGCGAUGGAAAGACAAGAGGAAUGUGUGGAUGAUAAGUACCAGGCACACAUCCUCAAUGUUGCCUGUUGCUACAAGAGAAGGCAAUGAGAAGUUGAAACCAGUGGCAGUGCUGGAUUACAACAAACAUAAAGCUGGUGUAGACCUUUUUGAUCAGCGUCUAUCAUAUGGAGCACUUGAUCACAAAACAGUGAAGUGGUGGAGAAAGCUUGCCUUCCAUUGUAUAAUUAUGGCAGUUUCCAAUGGUUGUAUUUUGGUCAAUAGCAUCAAUGAGAAGAAACUGAGCACUCCUAAGUUUAUACAGGAGGUCUGCAAUGCAUUAGUGUUACAGAGAGGAGAGAGAAUUGAGGAUUCUCAUGGAUCUGCAACGAUUGCUCGAUUGUCGCAGAAACAUUUUCCGAACCGUGAGGAAAUGGCAGAAGGGAAGAAGAAAGCACAAAUACGUUGUGUAGUGUGUAGUGGAAAACAAAAGAACAUUACUGGGAAAGCUGGGAGGAAAGAUACUUUUUAUGAGUGCAGUGAGUGUAAUAACAAAUUCCCAAACUUGCUUUUACAGUCCGACAGAGUACAUAAAAGCCAAACAACAAAAAUAAAGAUGCAUUAUGAAUAUUCUACUUUGUAUGUUGCCUGUAAUGUGUCUGGAAUCAAUAUCCUCAGCAACAUAAAAAAGUAG